UGCCUUGAAAAUUGCAGCAAGCCUUUUAGCAGUGGGGACCGCCGGCUGUAUCCGUGUGACAAACGGCCCCGCUACCACACACACACACGCACACACUGGGAAGUCCCGUCCACACCGCGCACUGCAUUUCUCCCCUUUCACUGCCGGGAAGAUCAGCGGGGCCGAGUUCCCGUCUUGAUGCUGUCCCACAGUGCUGCGGUUGCAGGGAGCUGCCAGGCCCCGCUCACCGCUCCUACACAUCCACAGGCACCUACGUGUCUACGACUGUGUACAUGCACACGGGGAGCAGCGGUUCUGCUGGUUUGUCAAAGGGAAAACGGGCCACGGGCAGUAGGAACAAAACCCAGCACGAUUCGCGAUGGGAGUUCCCAGUAUUUUCUCCUCUCCCCACGUCUCUCCCGCUGUCACCGUGGCUUUUUAGGGGCUGCCCCACACAGCCUGGCCGGGCCCUGAGCGAACCCCGCAGUUCCUCCCGUGAACUUUCCUCAUGCAGAUUUGCGGGCCGCUCUCUCCUGUCCUCUUGGCGGCUGCGAGGAGGAAAUCUGGCAGGGGCUCCUUCCCAGCAGUCCCCGAUCUGCUCCAAACGCACUCUUGGAGGCAGCCUUUCUCGGAGGGAGGGGUGCGCUACAUUCGCAGUCAAAUUACAUGGCUGGCCUCAGAGGCACUGGCUUCGGAUUUCCAAAGAAAUAGUCAUCUUUGAGAAGCCGAGCCAAGAAGAAAAUACGAGGAAGGCCUCGGAUGCGGGAGACCUCGGGGUCAGGAAGGCGGCGGAGCUCUGGGCUGGGGCUGGCCGCGCUCCGGGAGCCUCGGGCCGGGCUCCGCGGGGGAUCGCUCCCCGCAGACAAAGGGGCAGGAAAGGAGCGGCGAGAGACUGCGAGGAGCUCCGCACACCAGCGGUGCCGCAGCGGAGCGACUCUGCCUCCAACGUGCCUUGCCGUUCCCCGGAGCCGAGCACCGGGCAGCGCUGCCCGCAGCUCCACGAGAUUGGGGAGAAGAGGGAGGGUCGGGGCAGGCGGCGGUGGGUCGAUGCGUCCGGGUCUCCCUCUCGGCCUUUCUCCCUGCAGCGCCUCCGAACUCCGCACGGCCGGGCCGCCCCGGUCCUUGCAGAAGCGGGGAUGGAAGGAGAGAAGCUAGAGGAGCCAGGAGGGUUUGGGAAGAGGCUGUGACAUCGCAGAGAGACGCGAAAUUUGUGGCCCCCGAGGGGGACUCGGUAUGAUUGGAUUUGAUUUUUAGUUUGAGACAACAGUUAGUUCGCUCCUUCCAGCUCACGGAACGCGCAUCAACAGGCGACGAUGCUCUGGAGAUGCUGGCGUCGUUCCUCGUCCGUAUCACGGCGGCAUCGCCCCAAAUCAGGGUUGCUCAUUGCAAACGAGAGAACCCGAUGCGUUCAUUUAUUUAUUUGUUUGCUUGCGCCUUUCCCCUACUCGGUCACCCGCUCCCGGCGAUGGCCGCAGCGACGCUGAGUUACGGACACACUACAGGUGUUAACGCGGUGCUCGGGAAUUCAUUCCCCUUCCUUCUCCCCCCUCCUCCUCGCCGGGGUUAUUUCCGAGCCUUCCCAGAUAGCUGGGAAAGGGUCCCACAUCCCCCGGAGCUGUAAAUUGAGCGCUGAAAUACUUGAUCUCACUGAUUCUUUGGAGAGUUCAAGCUGGCCUCAUUUUACAGGAGGAAGCGAAGUCAAUCUCGGAGGUUUUGCGAAGAAAGGCUGUUAUUUCCUAGAGGAUAGGCGUUUAAGUUGUUAAAUAUUAGUUUUUAAUUACAUAUUGUUCUUUUUAGAAAUAAUAUUUAGACUUAGGUCCGGGCAGGUAUUCAAUUGAAUUUUAGAGCCAUCAACUCAUCAUUCUUUACACAACGGAUGGAAAAUAGCCCAUUGAGCCGGCCCCCGGCUGUCUUUCUGCGGCAGACGGCUCUUGAGCUGUCCCCGCCGCACUUCAUGCCCGGUCCCAUCGCCGUCGGGCACAGCGGGCCGACAAUCCGCUCGCUGCGCGGGCGCGCAACGGGCGCGCAGCGGGCAGGGACCCCAGCGCUGAGCCCUGCGGCUCGGGGACCGCUGCAAACUCGCUGCUAAGGGCAGGAGGGAGACGAGAGGUUCUUUCUGACGAAGCCGUGGAAAGACGGAACGAGAACAUGGACAGUAAUGAAGGAAGCGCUGGUGCUGCGUGAAGCCGCCAGCCCCGCAGAGAUUUUCCUGCUGCCCCACGAGGUUUCUCAGGCCACGUCCGUGUCGCGGGGACGUGGUGGGGCUUCGUGGGCGCCCGCAUCUCGGAGCUUUGUGGGGCUGAGGUAUACGUGCCCGGGCCGGGAUCCCAGGAGAUCCCAUCGCUCCUCUGCAGAGCCCCUCUCUGCAGCACCUUCAGCUCUACCCCCUGCACCGCCAAAACUUUCUUGUCGGGCCGUUCUCAUCUGUAACCACUUCCACACGGAGGCUUUCCCCCAUACUCUUUCUCCUCAUCUGAGGUGGCCAUUUUACAAAAUUGUGCUGCCCUUCUGCUAGCUCCCACCAUUCUCCGGCCCCUUCUCCCUCCUUAUCCUUGCUUUUUCCCUGGCCUCAGCCCCCCAAGCUUCAGGCUGUUCCUGUGGGGCAAGGGCACUAGUGGGACGGGCACAGGGGCUCUGGGGGCUGAAACCCAAGUUUGUGAGUUUGGAGGGGCCGAGAGCCUUGCUCUGGAGUGUCAGUACUUCUGCUCUCCAUACUCUGGCAGAGUGGACUAAAAUGAACAUGUGCGACUCAGCAUCUGCUCAGCUAGAUGCAUCACACGGAGGAAUAUUGGCUUUUUCACCUCGAGGUCCUAAAUGGGAAAUAAAGGGAAGUUGAUGUCCUCUAUUCUGUUUGCAAUUGCCUAUCCUAGGAUUAAAGAGCUCUCCAUGUUACUGGCUGUCUUUCAUUUAACUGUUUGGAGACCAGAGAUGGAAAAUAUUUGCAGAGAAGAAAAGAAUAGCUGCAUGGGAUCAUUUGCAAUUCAGUGUGAAAAUAUUCUAACAAACCCAUUUCUCUCCCAGUGCCGCUGAAAAAAAUAGCACAUAGCCGUCAACAGCCCAUUGCGCUCUGCUGGACAGCACGGAAAGUUUUAGGCAACAAAAUUCCUAAUAGGAGACAGCAGCAAACAGCACAAUCAUGUCUUUGACUAAACUGUGUGGCAGCUUUAAUUGCGAAAAAUGUUCGUAAUGGCUCAAAUAUUACAAUUUUGGUAAAUGGGAGACUUCCCGCGAGCUGCAAGCUGUGCAGCUUGGGACAGGGCUGGCACACGUGGAGGAAUGGGGCUGGAAGCAGUGGGCAGGGUGUGCCAGAGGGAUGCACAGCCAGAAACAACCAAAUCCGCACUGACGGAGCGCUAAGAACUGAGUGCUGUAGCUCAGGUCCCCUGGCUCUCAGCUCCCAGCCAUGCUGCACAGAGCUCUGGGUUCCGUGGAUGGGCAAUGUCUGCUCGUGGCUCACUCAGCUCUGAGCAUUGGGGCUGGCCAGGAGAACCCUGGAGGAUGAAGAGCUUGGCUUUUCUUGCUUGCAUUGCACAUCCCAGAGUAUCCAAGAAAGCCAUAAGAGGAUUAUUCAUUUCAAGCUGUGGGCACUCCCAGCACCCAGAGGGAUGUCGGCAGAUCCCAGCACUGCACCACUUGCAGCGUUCGUGCAGGCCAACAGAGCUCUCCUGCUCUGCCAUCUUUUGGAGAAGUUCUAGGUUAUAUGUUAUUUAUUUGCCCUGCAAUAACGCUCUGCAGACCUCACCCAGGGUCAGGACACAUCAGUGGUAGGCUGCUUUAUGUAUAGAGCCAGAUGACAACCUCCGGCCCAAGGGUCUAAAGAGGAGGACAAAGACAGUGACUACAUCUCAGAAUAACUCAAGUUGGAAGAGACCCAAUAAGGAUCAUCGAGUCCUUGAUGUAUCUUGAAUAAAAUGAGAAGAGAAAGGGACAAAACUACAGUGGGCAAUGGUGGAGCUGAGGACCAAAGGACAUUGCUUACUCCUGUGUGCUCAUCAUGAGCCUUCUGCUGUGGUUGAAGUUGGUGGCAAAAUGUCUCCUAUUAUUUCGCUAUCACAUUUAGCUCUCAAAUUAGAUUCCACAUCUUGUUUUUCUACAAUCUUCCACAGGUGUACCACCAUGCAGUUCUGCAAACCAUUUGGUACCAAGGCAGAACCGUUGAGAAUGGCAAACUGUAGGGGCAGAAACUGCAGUGACAGUGAAGAAGCCUUGUGUGGGGGGUUUGGAAGUUACACCGUAACAUUCUGUUACCACAUCACUCUGAACAUCAUAUUUAUUCAUAUUCCUUACAAAAAAAAAAUCUUUACUUUUUUAGAGCAAUUAAAUUGUUAAAAAAUAAUCAAAAAUGGCCAUGUGAGCUUAGAGGAGGGAGAUGAGCAUCAAAUUUCCUUUCCAAAUAUGAAAGGACCUGGGUCUGUGAUG